AAAAGCACCGAAUCCAUCACCUUGCACCCUCCCCUCCCGUAAAGGCUGUGAGAGGGAAUCCCCUCUCUCCUGACACAGCCCGUCUCGCCCCAAUUGCAGGCGAGGGCCCACCUCCAGGUUUCACCUCGCAGCAGCUGGUAGCUGGGAGCGCUCUCCAAGCCAGGUAAUCCCAGCCCACAACCCACAGCCCCUGCCCCGGCCGCUGCCUUCCAAUUCAACCGGGAGGUGCCCGCCUCCUGCCAGGCUCCGCUGCCCCACGCAGGAAGGGGCGGUGCUGCGCGGGCUCCUGGCGGGUAGGGUGAGUUUGUCAAAUGCUUCCUUUAGAAGAGUUCACGUUCAGAAAUUGCUGGUACUUUUCCGAGCGAUACAAGUAAAAGUGAAAAUCUCACUUCUGCCUUUUCCAUUCUCCUCCCUGUGUUCAACAGUUUAAAAAAAAAAAAAAAAAAAGUGAUAAUUCCACUCUUGCUUUUUCGGGAGGUUUCUCAGUCUGGGCUGUUUUCGUAUUGACUCACUGCGAGAUCACUGUGUUUCAGUGCUGAAUUCAGAAGGUUUGUGAGUGUAGCCUGUAACUGCCUGCCGUUUGGAAGGUUAUCUCUGCAUCCACUGUCAACCUGCGUCAAUGGUGUUUAGACCUACCAAGGUUCUGAUAACUGCUUGCUAAAUCCUUUCUCUUCAUGAAUCCUAUGUGAAUUGUGGCGCUAUAUAGUCACGCGUGAAAGAGACUGACAUUCCCCAAAAAGCCUUCCUGAAACAGAGUACUUCCAACCAUAUGGCUCAAGUAAAAAUACUUCUAGCCUGGACAAACUCAUCAGGUCCAACAGCAGCAUAAGAUGAAGUCUAAGUCAUUUAUGGGAUGAUGGCACACUUGUAAUGAGUUGAGGGGAGAGCAGCUACAUGAGAGGAGAGCAGCUACAUGUCUUGAUGUCAUUCUGGAGUAUUACUUGAAAUGCAAUAGUCUACUUCAUCCUGCUUCUUUAUAUCACAGGAAGUUUCUGGCUGUAAAUUUCAGACGAGUGUCUUACAACAGCUUUCAGUGUGACCGAGAAGAACUCAGUUUCAUUUUUUCUGGAGAAAAAGUGAGAAGUAACUCAAGGAAAUGAAUCUCAUGGUUUUUUUGUUAAUUUUUAUCACUGAAACAGCCACAGAGAAGCUGUGUCCUCUUCGUGCCUCCAUUGAUGUACUAGAAGGGGAGUAUUUUUACCUUUGUUUUCCUGAAUCAAAACUACAACAUUCUUGGAAAGAAGAAUACACAAUAAACUGGUACAAAGAAAGUGCUGGAAUGCAGAAGCGAAUAAAGGAAACACACAGAAUUGUAUCCCAAAUGAAUUUUCUGGAGUUUUGGCCAGCUGAACUUGAUGACUCUGGGAAUUACUUUGUCACUCAAAGCAGUGGAAAACGAAAUUUCACAAUUCAAAAGUGGACCUUGAAUGUACUUGAAAGAAAUCAAAGCAGCUGUUUCAAUCAAAAUCAUUUAACAACUGAAAUUCAAAAUGCUGAAACUGGUCAUUCAUUGAAAUGCAAUGAUCUGUCUGUCAAUGAAAAUGACAGCAUAACAUGGUAUAAGGACUGUAAGAACUAUGAAAAUGAAACUGGACGGGAACUGGAUUUUAAAACUUUAUCAGUUCAGCACUCUGGUAUAUAUACCUGCAAAAUUUCCAUCAGUCAUGACGGAAAGAUAUACCACAGCACCAAUACAAUUAGGCUGGUAGUAGAAGAAGAUGCGCCAGAGACUGUAACUUUGGAGAUAGUUGGACGCAAUGAAGAAAUUCAAACAGAAAUAGGUAAAGAAGAGACACUCAACUGCACAGGUUUCUUGGGUUAUCAUAUACAAGAAGAUGCCAACCUCUACUGGUGGUUUAAUGAUACAUUUCCAAAAAAAUGUUCAGAUAUUCCUGAGGCUGACCCACCAAUAUGUGAAGAAGAUUUAAAAAAAUCACAUUUGGGAAACAAGUUUUAUAUCACAAGGCUUCUACGGAUUAAAAAAGUAAGAGAGGAGGACUUGCAUCACAAUUUCACCUGCACACUGCAAGCUGAUGAAAUAAUGCAAAUAAAAGUAGUGAAACUGAAAAAAGGAAACAUCCGAGAUCUGCCUAUGCACGUAUUUACAACUGGAAUGAUCCUUGCUGUACUGUUUCCAUGUGUUGCUAUGGCUGUGGUAGUUGUCUGUGUGAUGUUCAGAGUAGACUUAGUUCUAUUCUACAGGAACAUAAGCCAAAGAGAUGACACUGCUGGAGAUGGAAAAGAAUAUGAUGCUUUUGUAUCUUACCUGAAAGACUGUGUUUCUACUAGUAAAGAAGAGAGAGAAUUUGCUUUGAGGAUAUUACCAACGAUAUUAGAAGAAAACUUUGGGUACAAGUUAUGUAUAUUUGAGAGAGAUGUAUCUCCUGGAGGAGCUGUUGUUGAUGAUAUCCAUUCAUUCAUUGACAAAAGCCGAAGAUUAAUCAUUAUACUGAGCCAGAACUACAUUUCUGACAGAGCCAUAUAUGAACUUGAGAGUGGACUGCAUAAAGCUCUAGUAGAAAGGAAAACGAAGAUUAUAUUAAUUGAGUAUAUGCCUAUACGUGACUACAAUUUCUUGCCAGAAUCGCUGUCUCUUUUGCCAUCAAAGAGGGUAGUGAAGUGGAAAAAAGAUAAAUCUCUCCCUGUGAAUUCCAGAUUUUGGAAGAACCUUCGGUACCUAAUGCCAGCAAAACCUACCAAGUCAAACACCAAAGGACACUGUCUGAAUCUAGAUCUAGGUUCAGAAGGGACUCGACCGUGGACUGGAGGCUGUGACUUUAAUACAGUCAUAUAGGAAUUCUGGAGAUGGAAUUUGCUGCAGAAAGCUACCAGCUUCAAUAAAUUCAAAUAGAAAACACAAACUGCAAUUACUUUUGAGAGACAGUGUUCAUAACAGUCUGAGAUUUGAGAAGAAUGUAGAAUCACCACACUGGCUAGAAUCAUGUUAACUCCAAUACUAAAUUAUAUCCCGAAGGAUGUUUCCUCAGUAGUCUGCAUAAGGAGCUGAACUCUUAUUCCACAACAACUUCAUUGUGUAAUCUUUUGAUAUCACAUUUUCCUACUUGUAGAAUGACGUUCAUUAAACUUGCAUAUUUCUGAUA